UGCGGGGGGGCGUCUGCUGUGGUCCUAAGUCCUAGAGCACAAGGGAGCCACAGUAACCCGUAUUUGUGGAAUCGGGGCCCUUGAGAGUCGGGAAAAUGGCGAUGACGCUGUUGGAAGACUGGUGUAGGGGGAUGGACGUGAACGCCCAGAGAGCCCUGCUGGUCUGGGGGAUCCCAGUGAACUGUGAUGAGGCUGAAAUUGAAGAGACCCUGCAAGCUGCGAUGCCCCAGGUGCCCUAUAGAGUGCUUGGGAGAAUGUUCUGGAGGGAAGAGAAUGCCAAAGCGGCCUUGUUAGAGCUCACUGGCGCUGUCGAUUACGCCUCCAUCCCCAGGGAGAUGCCGGGUAAGGGAGGCGUAUGGAAGGUGGUCUUUAAGCCUCCGACUUCCGAUGCUGAAUUUCUAGAAAGGUUUCAUCUCUUCCUAGCAAGAGAGGGGUGGACCGUACAAGAUGUUGCCCGUGUCCUUGGGUUUCAGAACCCCACUCCGGCCCCAGGUCCAGAUAUACCAGCAGAGAUGCUAAACUAUAUUUUGGGUAAUGUUAUUCAGCCUCUUUUUGAGUCCAUAUGGUACAAGAAGCUGACACUGUUCUCCGGGAGGGACAUCCCGGGGCCUGGGGAGGAGACAUUUGAUCCCUGGCUGGAGCACGCUAACGAGGUCAUAGAGGAGUGGCAGGUGUCGGAUGUAGAAAAGAGGCGGCGGUUGAUGGAGAGUCUUAGAGGCCCUGCUGCUGAUGUCAUCCGCAUCCUCAAGACCGACAACCCUGCAAUUACCAGCGCCGAAUGCCUGAAGGCGCUUGAGCAGGUGUUUGGGAGCGUUGAGAGCUCUAGGGAUGUGCAGGUCAGAUUUCUGAACACUUAUCAGAACCCAGGAGAAAAGUUAUCUGCUUAUGUCAUUCGUCUGGAGCCUCUGCUGCAGAAGGUGGUGGAGAAGGGGGCCAUAGAUAAAGAUAGUGUGAACCAAGCUCGUCUGGAGCAGGUUAUUGCCGGGGCCAACCACAGUGGGGCCAUCCAAAGGCAGCUGUGGCUGAUCGGGGCUGCGAAAGGGCCAGCCCCUAACUUGUUCCAGUUGCUGGUGCAGAUCCCUGAAGAGGAAGCCAAGGAAGAGGAGGAGGAGGCUGAGGCUGCCCUCCUGCAGUUAGGCCUGGAGGGGCACUUCUGAGUCCUGAGAAAAGGGGCUUUAGCGCAGGCCUAGAUCACGGCUGCUUUCGUUCGUUGUCCCUGUGCUGUGUUACAGAUGUGUCUCCUAGAAGUAAAGACUUAGUCAUAUUUUUUCUGGGGGUAGUCAGGCCUGCAUAUUCAUGUAACACUAGUAAAAUCGUGCAAGCGUGCACCAGAGCUGCUGCAGUAGGAGUCAUGCUAGCUACAAUGCCAGGGAAAGGUUUGGACACAAGUGCUCAGUGCAAGCUGUCAUCAUGGCAUUAUCAUCAGUUCUGAAAAAUAUGUGAACGCGUGACACUUCCCAUUGAGGUAAUUAAAUGUGAAAUUGCAUGUUCAGAUGUUUAGUGCGGGGCCUGGCUAACACAAGAAGCGUUCAGUAAAAGUGUGAACUGUUAUUACUACUAUUGUGAAUAGUUUUUGUGUUUACUGUAAAUUGUUCCUGAUUUAUAUUAACAGAAAUGUGAAUUAGAUAUUAUUAUUCAACUUAACAGUGCAAAUUUCUUAUUUUUCACCUUUAAACAUCUAGGUCAGUUCAGUUGAAAAGUGUUCUGAAACUACAAAAUGGGCUGUUAGAAAAAUACUGCACUUACAGAGCUGUGUAAAUUAAGUUUUCACUGAUUGCAAGGGGCGAUUAAUAUGAACCAGUUACAAUAUCUGUUCCGGCAUUUCAAAUCUUUAUCAUUGAAGAGUAGUUUAGCUUGUUCUUGCUGAUUCCAGGUGUUCUAAAUUUGAAGUUAUCAAAUAAAUGUAUAUUAAUAAAAAUAUUUUUUUAA